CAGGAACAAGCAAAACAAGCUCCUCUCAAACUCUCAUCGUCUAAUAUUCUUUUUUUUCUUUUUUUUUUUUGUCGUCGAUAAAGUUCUCCUUUGGUGAUCAGGAACCUCAGCUGUCGGUGAGCGCAUGCGUCUGCGGAACUUGCCUUAUGCUGGCACUGCAUCAGCAACAACACACACUGUUAUGGCUGUUAUGGGUGUGGGCCUGUCCCAGCGCUCUUUCCUCUUGUUGUUUCCUUCAGAUGACCUUGCUACACGCGUUGAGACUCCCUUCCUCGGAAAGGGCGCUUUUCGUCACGGGCGGGCGCCGGUUCACCUGGGCAUCACCGGAGAAUUGGGUCCUAUGUCUGCUAAUUCCUAGGCCGGUGCUUCUGCGAACAAUCUCCUCCGUUCUGUACCUGCAUGGCCAUGCCAUCGUGAAGAAACCGUCCCAAGGCUGCUUUGUGGCAGACGCCAGCGUCCCACCAUCCACUCUCGAAGAUCCGAUUGAUCCCCCAUUGUCCCGAGCAUCAGUAGUGGCAGUCACCGGCCGUGUGGCCAUGCGCCAGUUAUCGUGCUUUUCUACUUGGCUGAACGCCAUCGAAGCCAUCACAGCCAUCACCAAGCCAUCGAGCCUAGCCCAGACGGAAGCGCUGUAUGUCACCCAGAGAACGAACAGCCAAGACAGUCUUCCUGUGUUCAUCGUGACGAUUAGCCGAUCUCCUCUGCUGCAAGUGACUUUGCAGUCCAACGGCGAGAUACAAGAUCCUGUGGAGCAUUUCACACGCCCGUCACUGCCUGGCCAACUCCAUAUAGACUACCUCGAUCAUGCGCCAUUCGUCCUUGCCGCCUGGCCAUCGGACCCGAACGAAUACGAGUCUCGGCUCACAUAA